AUGCAGAAGCUUUGGCCUUUGAAAGGUUCUAUGACACUGCUUUCACUCGCUGAUGGUUUUUUCCUUUUGAAGUUUUCCACCUCUGAGGAUCUUGAAGCCAUUCUGUCGGGAGGCCCUUGGUUUUUACUGGGCAAGCCUUUCAUCCUUCAAUGUUGGUCCCCGAAAUUCAAGCCAAAAAGAGAUGAAGCGGCGCCGAUUCCUCUUCUGAUUAAGAUUGUUGACUUCCCCUUAGCUCUUUGGACCCCCACGGGCAUUUCUCGUAUCGCUAGUUACAUCGGUGUUCCAAUCUCCGUCGACACUCUUACGGCAAACCGCACCAGGUUAACCUUCGCUAGGGUAUGUGUUCUCAUCUCUAAAGAUUCUGAACUACAUGCUGAAAUUCCUAUUGAGAUUGAUGGUGAGGAUUUAGUCUUGUCUGUGCUUUAUGAUUGGAAACCGGACAAAUGCGAAGGAUGCGGUUCGUUUAUUCAUCCGUUCUCCCUCUGUCCCAAAAACCCCAACCCUCAACCUGUUCUACCUCCUCAGCCAUCGAAAAAUCGUGGUCGCAGUUCUUCUACGACGAGACUAAACCAAACACACAGAUCUCAAUCCAGAAAACCACAAAAAUCUGUUACUAUAGAUACCAAUCUUCUCUCUACCUCUGGCCUAGUUAUAAAUAACCACCCGGAUCCUCCUAUGCUGCCUCAGGAACCGGCGAUCAAAGAAUUCCAUCCUCCCAGCACAACUCCUCCUCUCCCCAAUCUUAAUUCGCCUUCAGAAGUUUCUUCAUCUUCUGAUCUUUUAGCCCAUUUUGGCACUCUUCAAGCUCCUAAUAUUCCGUUGAUUAAUAAGUUUGCUUCUUUGCAAAUGGAAGAAAGUUUGCUGUCUAAUGAUGAUGAACCGAGUAUGGAUAUUGUUUCUUCUUCCUGUUCAAAAUAUGCUGAUGAGCCACCUGAUCACAGUGACUCGGAUAUUGUGCCGCCCAAACACAAAUCUACCUCAGACAAAGCCAAGUCUUCUCCCAAGGUCAAACCUCCUAAAGGAAAGUCGGCCAAGAAGGCCAAAUCUUCUAAAUCAUAA